AUGCCUCGAGGAGAUGGGAGUAAAGAUAGCUACUGGUCAUCGUGCAAAACAGCUGCAUUGAUGGCGCAAAGAACCUCCCCAAGACACUCUAAGGUCACUCAACGAUACCCUCUGCGUUCCCUAAGGAUGUCUGGCCUCAAUAAACCUACAGAUACAACCACAACCAUUUCACAGAAGAAAAAGAAGGUGCCGAAGUGCAUCUGGACAGAAAGCGACACCAAAAAAUUGGUUGAACUGGCUGAGGAGCACCUUGGCCUGCUUGGAGAGGGUGGGGGGUAUAAGCCUCAGUUCUAUAACCUGGCUGAGGGCAUUCUGGCUCCUUUAACAACAAAAGGAGCCACCAAAACAGCCGACUCAAUCCGUAACAAAUGGCACAUUUGGGAUGCUUUCCUCAAAGUAUGGGAUGGGCUUACCUUUUUUUUGCGGAGCAAGUCAAAAGAUGUUAAGUCAACCUACAACCGGUUAGCUUUGGAUGGGUGGAGGUGGUAUGACUUGAUCACAGCUAUUCUACCAAGCCGGGCAAAAGGGACUCACAUUCUCCGUGCAUCUCAAGCACAAUCUGCAAAGAUCAGUUCAGCAAGUAAAGAUAGGAUGGAUGUGGAUGCUGAAGGCAAUAGUGGAGGGGAGGAUGGAGAGGACAAAGGUGAUGAAGAGGGUGCGGAAAGAGAGGCAAUUGAAAGAGAGGCGGUUGUUAGCGCCAGAAAAGACAAGGGAAAGAGUGGGAGUGAAUCCGGCACCUUGUAUGUGUCAUCUAUCCACUCCAAACCUACUAGCGCAUCUGUCAGCAUCACGUCCUCCGGAAAAUGCAAGUAUUCGGCCGUUGAUAGUACCUCUGUAAUCUCUGCCACCCCAAGCAAAGCCCCACAUCCUUCUGGCGCCGCUGCAAUCAAUGGUGUGAAGGAACAGAUGCAGCGGAUGGCGGAUAACAAGGAACAGCACGAUGACUUCAGGUACCGUUUCCUGAACAUCAUAGAGAGUGCUUUCACUGGCAGCGUAUCCGGUGGUGGAUCUUCAAACAUUGCUUCGUCUUCGUCUUCUCGACACGUUGAGCCUUUGAACACAAGGAGUCAGGCCAUUAGAAUGGCUGGGCAGAUUGAGACACAGCUCAAUGACGAGCAAAAAAUUGCAUUCAUUGAUAUGCUUCGUGCAGAUAAUGUGCUAAUAGGUGAUUACCUCAAUAUGGCCACACAGGACGAAAAUCUUCGCAUAAUGUGGGUGGAUAAGCUGUUGAAGGACUUUACUGCGUUUCCGUCCAACUAG